AUUCCCACAUUUCCUCGCAAAGUUUCCAUCUUCUACCAAAUUCAAAUGAGUGGAGAAGGAAAGGUAGUGUGUGUUACAGGAGGGUCUGGUUACAUAGCUUCAUGGCUAAUCGAAUUCUUGCUUCAGCGUGGCUACACUGUUAAAGCUACUGUUCGUGACCCAAAUGAUCCAAAGAAAACUGCACACUUGCUUGUACUUGAAGGAGCCAAGGAAAGACUUCAUUUGUUUAAAGCUGAUUUACUUGAAGAAGGAUCUUUUGAUGCUGCAGUUGAUGGUUGUGUAGGUGUUUUCCAUACUGCUUGCCAUGUAUCUUAUACAGCUACUGAUCCGCAGACAGAAUUAAUUGAUCCUGCGCUGAAGGGAACACUUAACGUUCUUAGAUCUUGUUCAAAAGUGCAUUCUAUCAGGAGAGUGAUUCUAACAUCUUCUUUAUCAACCAUCCCAUUCAAUGGAAAACCUAUUUCCCCUGAUGCAAUACUUGAUGAAACUUGGUUUUCAGACCCAGCUGUUUGUAUGGAACAAAAGCUUUAUUAUCAACUUGGGAAAACCUUAGCAGAGGAGGCUGCAUGGAAGUUUGCAGACAACAACAGAAUGGACUUGGUUACAAUAAAUCCAGGAUUUGUCAUUGGUCCUUCUUUACAGCCAACCCUUAGUUACUCUCUAGAGAUAAUUCUGAACCUCAUAAAUGGAGCUAGAGAGUAUCCUGACGCAUAUUAUAAACCUAUUGAUGUAAGAGAUGUUGCUUAUGCACAUAUUCAAGCUUUGGAAAUUCCUUCAGCUACUGGAAGAUAUUGUUUAGUAGAAAGAGAUAUUCACUUCUCCGAGGUUCUAAAGAUUGUGCAUCAACAUUACCCUUCCCUGGACCUUCCCAAUAAGUGUAGCCCUGGAUUGAGUUUCUCAGGGAAGUACGAGGUAUCCAAGGAGAGAGCCAAAACUUUGGGCAUCAAUUUCAUUCCUUUAGAGGUGAGUCUGAAGGACACUAUUGAGAGCUGGAAGGAGACAGGCUUCCUAAAAAUAUGAUUUUGGCUGUUGAUAAAUCUUCCACUACUCUUUCAGCUUCAUUGAUUUCAAAUUUCACUGCAACAGGAAAAUACUGCUAUUCAAGGUUGCAUUUGUAAUAAGUAAAUGUACUAGAGGUCUUGUAAUGGCUCUUAGAAAAUUAAAUAAUUCUUGAAGCCCACUUAUUCCUAUUAA